UACCCUUGCUCUCGCUGGAGCAAAUACUAGAAUUGCAACCCAUUUAGAUGCUACAUCGGAUCACCGCCCUCUCCUUACUAUCCUCCCUUGGGGUCCGCGAUAUCCUAAGGCCCAACAAAGGCUUAAAUCCAGCACUCUAGACCUUUCCCGGUUCAGCAGCCACUUAGCUUUGAACAUCAGCAACCUCCCAUCUACUUCAGAAACAGAAGAAGAGCUAGACUGCCUUGCAAACAUGAUUAUUUCAGCUGUUUACAGUGCGUACGAAGCUUCAGCAUUCAGAUCCCGCCCUCAGGGAAGAGGCCAACCAUGGUGGAACCCAGAGUGCAAGGAAGCUCUUCAGAAAUACCGUACAGGAUCCUAUACAAAGAAGGACUUCCGGCGGGUAAUUCGACGUGCUCAACGAGAAUACUGGAGAAACAAAAUCAAUGCAACUACUACGAGUAAAGAGAUAUUUGAGAUGUCUAAGUGGCAUAGGACAACAGGAUCCUACCGGAGCCCACCAAUGAAGGAUCCUCUGCAACCUGAUUGCCCCCCGGCAGUAGGUACGCCAGAAAAACGUGAUAUCUUAGCCAGAAAUCUCCUCCAGAACUCUGCUGAGGCAGGAGAUAUACCGCUAGACACACCUACAAUUCCUUCUAGAUCCUUACCAUUUCCGGAUAUAUCAAUGGCGCAGGUAGAGAAGGCCAUUCUGCAUGCAGGCAAUACUACCCCAGGAAGUGACGAACUCCCCACCAGCAUACUAAAGGCAGCAUGGCCCCUGAUCAAGGACAGAGUGCUAGCACUCUAUCAAGGCUGUCUAGCAACCGGUUAUCACCCUCAAUGUUUCCGUCACGCUAUUCUGGCAAUCAUCCAAAAGCCAAAUAAGACAGACUGGGCGAACCCCAGGUCGUACAGACCAAUUGCCCUUCUUUCAGUCUUAGGCAAAGGCCUUGAACGCCUGAUAUCAAGAAAUAUGGCAUGGAUUGCUAUCUCCAACAAAGUCCUGGCUAGCCAACAGUUUGGGGCCCUACCUCUUCGGUCUGCGGUCGACCUUACCACCUGCCUGCUGCAUGAUGUGGAGCAAGCCCUAAACCAGGGCCAGACAGCUUCCCUCUUAACUUUUGACAUCAAAGGGGCAUUCGAUGGCGUUCUUGCUGGCAGACUGGUACACAGAUUACGCACACAAGGUUGGCCCGAUAAUCUAGUCCGCUGGAUAGCUUCCUUUGUUACAGGGCGUACGGUCCAAAUCCAACUAGACGGAGAACUAGGACCUAGAAUUAAGAUAAUCUGCGGCCUACCACAAGGCUCGCCGAUAUCUCCUAUUCUAUUUAUGCUUUACCUGGUCCCCCUGUUCUGGAUGGGAAGACUAAAAGCCAGAUUCGGGUACGCAGAUGAUGGAGCCUUCCUAGCAACAUCUCUUUCUCUAGAGGCGAAUGCCCAGAACCUAUCAGUUUCCUUACAGGAAGCCCUGGACUGGGGUCUAGCACAGGGAAUUACCUUUGCACCAGAUAAAUAUGAGCUGAUACACUUCUCGCGACGUAUAUCUGAUCGAGACCCUAGCCACACACCACCAGUGAUAACGGGAUCUGUUACAGUUUCAGAGAACAGAGCACGCCCCUACCUUCGCUGGCUGGGAAUCCUUUUCGACAAGAAGCUCAGCUUUAAAUAUCACGUCAAGGAAAUGGUUUCCAAAGCUAUAAUUGUUGCAAAUGCAUUGCGAUCUCUGGGCAAUACAGUCCGCGGAGUCAAGCCUUACCUUACACAGCAAGCUGUUAAGGCCUGCGUACUCCGCAGAGUCUACUACGGAGCAGAAACCUGGUGGCCAGGCCGGACACGCCCUGGCCCUGACACGAGGACAAUCUCAAAUAAGGUCCAGAGCUACCUUGAUAAGAUAACCCGAGUUAUACUAGCCGGGGCUAGAGCAAUUCUUCCAGUCUACCGCACUACUCCAAUCCCUGCACUCUACCGGGAAUCAGGGCUUCUACCAGCAGAGAUUGAGCUAGACUAUAUAGCUGCUACUGCUACAGUCCGUCUCCGCCGUCUUGAUCCCUAUCAUCCUCUCCGCAAGAGAGCAGAAAGGGUAACCCGAACUGGCUUCCAAACCAGCCGCUUUGCACGCCGCGUGCUAGCUCUUCCCGAAUCUGAACAACUAAAUCCCCUGCAAAAUGCCCCCUGGCUCCCACAAGAGGCACGCGAGGCAGUUCAACAGCGAAUUAGGGCCCCUACAGGCAUAUCCAAGAAGAAGGCAGCCAAUAGAUUCCGAAGAUUCUAUGCCUCUCUCCUACAGACGGAUAUAAAGGUCUUUACAGACGGCUCGAAACUAGAAAACGGAAUGGCAGGGAGCGGUUAUGCCCUGUAUCAAUCUGGAAUGCUAUUUCAGCAGUCUUCUUUCUCUCUGGGACCGAACAAAGAGGUCUUUGAUGCGGAAGCUGAAGCAGCUCUAGCUGGAGUUAAAGCAGCCCUUAAAUUAAGUACUGCUCGCUUCGCUACCAAUCUCUGGGUCUGUCUAGAUAACCUGGAGGUAGCCACGCGCCUCCUUUCACCUUUCACGGGCUCAUCUCAAGGGGUCUUCGAAUCCUUCCAAACUCUAGCCCAGUCCUGGCUGGCACGGGAGAGAUUUUCAUAUACCAAUGGCGGCACU